GGCGCCGCACGCACGUGUCUCGGAGUUUUUCCCGGUUAGCAAAUAAAGAACUUGUCAUCGAAUCGCCGGAAAAUGUGCCGCUAAGAUGAAAAAUCAUUAUUAUUUUCGGUCAAAUGCGGUUGCAGUGGAUUUUUCGUAAUAUCUGUUUUUCCAAUUUGUGUAGCAUUUUCGCCACGCAGCUUGCAUAUUUAAGAGCUGGAAUUUCCGAAAAAGGGGAAUUUUAAUGAAACGACAGAGGCGCCACGGGGGGCAGUGAGUUGGGCAGCCGGAGAGGACACGGCGGUCAAUCAAACGGAGUCCAGGAGCCAGAACAUCCCGCCAGCCGACGACCAUCUGACCACCGGACCAGAACCAGCUCAUCAUUGACACCAUGGUCACGAACAUGUCGCAGCCGCAUUAUUGCGGCACAGGCAUCGAUGACUUCCACACAAACUACAAAUACUUCCAUGGUUACUUCUCCCUGAUUGUGUGUAUCCUGGGCACCAUUGCAAAUACCUUGAACAUCAUUGUGCUUACCCGCCGCGAGAUGCGCUCCCCCACAAAUGCCAUACUCACGGGUCUGGCGGUGGCCGAUCUGGCCGUGAUGCUGGAGUACAUACCCUAUACGGUGCACGACUAUAUCCUCAGUGCCCGGAUGCCGAGGGAGGAGCAGCUGAGCUACAGUUGGGCCUGCUUCAUCAAGUUCCACUCGGUGUUUCCCCAAGUUCUGCACACCAUCUCCAUUUGGCUGACAGUCACCCUGGCUGUUUGGCGCUAUAUCGCGGUGAGUUAUCCGCAGAGGAAUCGGAUCUGGUGUGGAAUGCGGACUACCCUGAUAACCAUAGCCACAGCCUAUGUGGUGUGUGUCCUGGUGGUGUCCCCGUGGCUCUACUUGGUCUCGGCCAUUGCCAAGUUCCUGGAAACCUUGGAUGCCGAUGGCAAGACCAUUGCUUCGGUUCCAUUGAGUCAGUACAUCCUGGACUACAAUCAUGAGGAGGAGGUGACCAUGCAGGUCAUGUCCAGUACGACGCCAGAUGUUUCCUGGGCGAUACCAAGUGGCUCGGGUAAUGGAACAGCAGUUAGUUUACUCAGCCUGACCACAGUGAUACCUCUGACGACCGUUAGUUCGGGGAUUACCACUUCCUCGGCGGCGUUGGGUGAGCGAAAUGUCACCGUCUAUAAGCUGUAUCAUAGUGCUUUGGCGCUACAUGAUCGCCAGUUCCGGAAUGCCACUUUCCUGAUAUAUAGUGUGCUGAUCAAGUUGAUACCCUGCUUUGCACUGACUAUCCUGUCUGUAAGGUUAAUAGGAGCCUUAUUGGAGGCCAAGAGAAGACGGAAAAUCCUGGCCUGCCAUGCGGCCAACGAUAUGCAGCCGAUUGUCAAUGGAAAAGUGGUGACCCCCACUCAACCCAAGAGCUGCAAGUUGCUGGAGAAGGAGAAGCAGACGGAUCGCACCACGAGGAUGCUCCUGGCCGUGCUGCUACUCUUCCUGGUCACCGAAUUUCCGCAGGGCAUCAUGGGUCUGCUGAAUGUCCUGCUUGGCGAUGCCUUCUUCAUCCAGUGCUACCUAAAGCUGAGUGACCUCAUGGACAUCUUGGCGCUUAUUAAUUCGAGCAUCAACUUCAUCCUGUACUGCUCGAUGAGCCGCCAGUUCCGGAGCACGUUCGCGCUGCUCUUCCGGCCGCGCUGGCUGGACAAAUGGCUGCCGCUGUCGCAGCACGACGCCGACGGGCGGAGGCUGGGCGGAAGCGGCGGCCUGGGCGGAUAUGGGCGCCAGCGACUGCUGCACACGGAUGCCGUUAGCAAGAGCAUGGCCAUCGAUCUCGGGCUGACGACCCAAGUGACAAAUGUGUAGCAGGAAAGCAGCGGCCGGGCGGGCAUGUCAACCGCAGCCGGCGGAGGAGGAGGAUUUGGAGGAGCAGGAGGAGGAGUAGCUGCAUCGGUGGUACUGCCACUGGCACCAUCAGUGCCUGAAGUUGAUGGAUGUCCCGAUGCUGCUGUUUCCACUAACGACAUCAGUCUGGUGGAGAAACUGCACCACCAGCCGGUCCAGAAGGGGGCCACCAUGCCCACUAACCACCAUCGAAGGCGUCGCAGUGGCAGUGGCACCAAGUGCAUCUGGCCCACCACGGAUUGGCUGCGAAAGCUGCGUAACCAAAAGGCCAGGGGGGACACUGAACCCGCCACUGAUCACCAGGAUAUAGAGCUGGCCAAAAGACGCAGUAGUGUCCUGUUAAUGGUAUUGCUUAGCAGCUCCGAUGAGGUGAAAGCCAAGGCUGUUUUGGUCAGUGAACAGCCGCCCAGUCCGGCGGAAGAGGAUGUGGAAGAUGCCAUCGAUGCCCUUUGGCUGUGAGAGGUCCUCACAACCACCCCUUUUUUAUACCCUGUAAAUUAUCCUACUACCCACUAAUAUUUAACUACCAUGUACAGACCAAUUAACGCAACAAAUUGUCCAGCGCUGUUUCCCCAAUUUUCCCGCCAGCGUUGUCUUUGCGGAUCGAGAGCCCCUCUGCCGAGACUUCGCUCUGCUGGAAAAUUAAGGGGUACUCCCUAUAGGGACGCCCUGGAAGCAGCCUGCCACAUUUUGUGACCACACUUGAUAAGUGAUAUACGUGACUAAGUUUCGACCCUUAAAUAGUUAUGUAAGUGCUAAGCAUCUUCAGAUACCAAACAGAAAACGAAUUAUCUAUAGUCUAACUAUUGUUUAAGAAAUAUUUAUAAAACGUUUCGGAUGGUAUGAGAUUUGAUUUCUUUUUCUAUGGAAAUAAAUGGUUUGUUCGAUGGUAA